UUCUAAAGAAACCUUCAUUUUUAUUCUAAAUCAGUUAUUUAGUAGGCUAUAAAAAUAUAAGUAAGGUCUAGAUAAACGUAGCAACCAUUUUACAAAGAAUUUGUGAUUGUUUCAUUUAUUAAUCGCGAGUUUUAAAUUAAGUAAAUUUAGUGACUGUAGGCAUUACCAAAUAUGGAGUUCGCUCGUUUUCCCAACCGUCCUCCCUUCGAUCCUUAGUAGCUCUCAAUUUUAUUUUCUAUAUAUUAUUGAGUUUUAUUCAAAUGAUUUCAGUGCAUUUUCUAGUGUAAUUUUAUUAUUUCUUCUAUAAUUUAAACAUGUCGUUUAGAGUGGUUCGUAGUUCAAAAUUCCGCCACGUUUACGGGCAGGCCCUGAAAAGGGAGCAGUGUUAUGAUAACAUCAGAGUGUCGAAGAGUUCAUGGGACUCUACGUUCUGUGCGGUGAACCCCAAGUUCCUGGCCAUCAUAGUGGAGUCUGCGGGCGGCGGUGCUUUCAUCGUCCUGCCGCAUAAUAAGGUUGGGCGUAUCCCAGCGGACCACCCGCUGGUGGGCGGGCACAAGGGCCCGGUGCUGGACAUCGCGUGGUGCCCGCACAACGACAACGUCAUCGCCAGUGGCUCAGAGGACUGCGUUGUUAAGGUGUGGCAGAUCCCCGACGGAGGCCUCUCUCGCACCCUCACGGACCCGGUGGUUGACCUGGUGUUCCAUCAGCGGCGUGUGGGGCUUGUCUUGUGGCACCCCACCGCUCAGAACGUGCUGCUUACAGCGGGCUCAGAUAACCAGAUAGCAAUAUGGAACGUGGGCACGGGCGAGGUGCUGCUCACGCUGGACUGCCACCCUGACCUCAUCUACUCCGCCUGCUGGAACUGGACCGGCUCCAAGCUGCUCACCACCUGCCGCGACAAGAAAAUCAGGAUAAUCGACCCCCGUAAAGGGGAGGUGGAAUCGGAAGCAAUCGCGCACGAAGGCAGCAAGGCGUCGCGAGCUAUCUUCCUCAAGCACGGACUUGUGUUCACCACUGGAUUCAGCCGCAUGUCGGAGCGUCAGUACACACUCCGCACACCAGACGCACUCAACGAGCCAAUAGUGACGGUGGAAAUUGACACCAGCAACGGAGUGAUGUUCCCUCUGUACGACCCCGAUACCAACCUCAUCUACCUAUGCGGCAAGGGCGACUCUGUCAUCAGAUACUUUGAGGUGACGCCUGAACCUCCCUUCGUGCACUACAUCAACACUUUCCAAACUCCAGACCCGCAGAGAGGUAUCGGUAUGAUGCCGAAGCGAGGCUGCGAUGUGGCGACUUGUGAAAUAGCCAAGUUCUAUAGGCUCAAUAAUUCUGGGCUGUGUCAGGUAGUAUCAAUGACAGUGCCACGCAAGUCGGAGCUGUUCCAGGAAGAUUUGUACCCGGACACGCUAAGCGACGAGGCGAGCCUUACGGCUGAUGAAUGGAUCUCCGGGGAGGACGCCGAGCCCUGCACCAUGUCGCUCAAGGAGCGCGCGCUUGUUGUGCAGGGGGGGUAUGUGUCCGGCCGCGCGGCGCAGCAGCUGCACGUGACGAAGAAGGCGAAUGCCCUUGCCGGCGCGAAGGAGAAGGACAAAGAUAGAUCCCCGACUCCUGCUCACAGGAGAGACGACAGUCAAGCUGGUACUCCUGCCUCAGCCACGCCGCCUCCCGUCAGCGCCGCUGUGGAGAAACAGCUGUCGGACUUAGUGGACGAGAUCCGCAAGCUGAAGUCGGUGAUAGUGAAGCAGGAGAACCGCAUCCGGGCGCUGGAGGCGGUGGCCAAGGCGGGGGCGCUGGCGCCGGCGCCCGCCACGCCGCCCGCGGCCUCGCCGCAGCCGCCACCCGACGCGCACGACCCGCCGCCCAACCACGACAACGACGACGGCAUGGCGCCUGACGAAGUCUGAGCGAAACGGACUCGAGAAGAUUUUAUAACCGGCAGGACCCCGCAUCGUCGACGGAACUUUUAGGAAAUAUAAAAAUCUUAAGUACUCUAUUGAAUAUACAAAAUGGCGCUAGUUGAUAUUGUUUCUCAACCCUAAAUCAAUUCAAUUUUAUCAUUAGUUUUCUCGCUUACGAAAACGUACGAUUAUUAAUUAUAUAAAAAGUUAUAAGAACAGGAGCUCCUAAAAAGGCCACAUUAAAGCAAAUCAUCUAAAAAGUAAGUGCACGCAAUAUCAAUAAAUGUCAAAUAGCAAUAUUGCUUUUUAAGAUGAAUUGCUUCAAUGUGGCCCUACUAACCAUCCUGUAUUUAUUCGGUGUGGCAAUUAUUCUUUCAACCAAUUGCAUCAAUAAGAAGAUUAUAAAGUUUGUGAUUGGUCCAAAUAUAAGCAAAAUGGCGCCGACAUCUUUUUAUUCUUUCUAUUACCAUACUUGAAAUUGAAUUGGUUCCAAUUUAUAGAACGCGCUUAAGAUACUAAUUUUAAGUAAAUAUAAUAAUAUAUUUAAAUGUGGAAAUUUAUUCAUCGCUAUUAUAAGAUUUUCUAUUGUUAACGAGUUCAGAAACAAUAUCAAUGCAAAACAUAUAUUACAAUGGAAAAUCAUUACAUUAAUUAAGGAAACAGGAUUUGAUGAAAAAAUAAACUAAAACGAACAAAUUACCUGUAUGACAGAGGGAAAUUCAUUGUAUUAUUUCCUUUAAAAAUAAACGCCAUAUUUUUUUAUUUUUUUUUAAUUUAAUGGCCUGGUUGUACGACCUUUGAGGCAAGUCAUUUUGGGUAAUCAAGAGUGAACCAUUUACGAACUCUUUUUAUGAUCAAAAGGUAUUAAAUGUUUUAAUGGAAAAGUGAUUUGACAAUAACAAUUACAAUAAAAAGGCCAGUUACAAAUGCUAAAUAAUGUUUUGAUAUUUCAUUGUUACACUCGCGUCAAAUUAUGUAAUAUUUAUUUUAUAUUUUAAAUAGAUUUUUGUAAAUAUUAUAAUAGAAUUGAAGUGAUACGCAGAAUACGUGCCUUAAUUUCACUAAAUAUCGCAUUACUUUAUGACGUUGUCACAAAUAUUAUUAUAAAAAUAUGUAUACACGACUAUUGACAAUAUUGGUGAUGUAUAUUUUUGCAUUUAGUGUUCAGGAGUUAGAGCUCAUUCUCGUAUUAACAUCAUUUUAGUCUAUAUUUUCAGCAGUCGGCUUGAAACUUUUAAAUUUGCCAUCUAAAAUAUACUUACUUGAAAUCUGUAAUUUAAAACAAUAUAAACUUGAUAAAAUGAAGUAAAAAGCAAAUUAUUAUACGAGUUAGUUAAUGGAAAAAUAAGUACAUAAUGAAAAUAGAUAUAUGAGAUAAAAAUAAAAAAAUAUCAAUAAAAACAACACCAGCUUAUUAUAAAUAGAAUACCUCUUCCCUCGCACUACAUUGAGGUAGAGCGCCCAAAACGCUGGCAGCAUUUCCCCUCUGAACUGCCAGGCCUAUGGAAAAAUUGUUUUUAAAAAAUAUCUGAAUAUCAUAAAUUAUACUUUAUGUUACAGUGAAUUAAUAUUUUCUCGUCGACUGCACUUUUUUACAAUAAACCAUUUUAAGAAACCAUUAUGAAUUCUCACAAAAUGCUUAUUUCCCAUCACUAUCUCUUAGAGCUGUAAGCAGAACUCUUAUGCUAUGAAAUAGUAAUUUAUUUUGAUUUGUGUAUCGCGUUUAAUAGGUUUAAAGUUAGUGGGCAGAUGAUACUUUUGUGUGGUUUUGAAGUUAUUAUGAGGAAUUCAUCAUUAACUAUCACUACAGUUUUAGAAAUAAAGGCCUUUUCCCACACAGACGGUUCGGACAUUUUCGGUUCGGCAUUUUAAAAUCACGAAAUAUUGAAAAUCUAUAGUAUAUUAGGGCUGCAAUAGCCACAAUGAAGCCUACUACCUACUUUAGGCAUCAUAUUCGAGCGUGAUACUAAAAACACACAAAAGUGACACCAUGCUACACGUUUUUAUGAUUAGAUGUAAAUUUUCUUCAAAUUACAAUAAAGAAGCAAGUAGAUAAACAGGUUAUACGUCCCACUGAUGGGCACAGGCCUCCCCUCAAUCAACCAGAGGGCGUAUGUGGCGUAAUGUGCGCCUUAUAAUGAGUUUUUGAAGAAAGUUUCGUCUAUAAAUUAAGUUAGGCUUAAGAGUCCAGUGACUUGGUGCUUAUGUUAAUAUUCUUUAAUACCUACUGUAAGGCGUUACGCUUCUAAACGUUUGCUGGCUCAAUGCAUUAUUAAUUUUAUAACUACUAUUACUUUAUUCUGUCUAGUUUUGGGAGUCCGUUGUUUUGUCAUAGCAAAAUCUACGGAACUUUUGACAAAGGUAUCUAAGAUUAAGAGAGUAGCAGAGACAAUAAGAGAUUGCUAUGACAGAAUGACAGACAGCUACUAAGUUUCUAGAGAUUUUUAUUAUUACGAUUUGUAAUCUUAUGAACGCAAGUCUCAUGGUCCAAUUAACGAAACUCAAGUGACUAAGUCUUUAUUAUUGUAGUUAAAAAUACUAAAUGUUUUAUUACUAAAAUUCAUUAUAUGAACUUUCAGUACAUUAAUUUUGAAAAAAAAAUUAAAAUGUUUGUUUUGACAGCUAGUCAUGUCAUAAAUGAAAUUGUAAGUUGACAGGUCACGCUGUCCCGUUCUAGACAGCAAGUAUUAUAGUUUAAAUUAUAGUAUUAUUAUGAUGAUUAUAUUUUUUUUCUAAUUUUAAGAUGGCGUAAUUUUAGGUGUUCGAUUUUUAAGAUCAUGACAAGGCAAUGUAUGGAUUUUUGUAAAGAUGUAUGAAAAUGCUUGUUUUACCUCGUGAGGGUUUGUGUAAAUUAUUAUUUUCCUCUUUUGUAUGUGAAGCUUCGAUUUUGUAUUGUUUUCGAGUUUUUAUAUGCGUUUUAACAGUGUCCUGUGUAAAGAGAAAUAACGAAAUGUAGUAGUCACGUAAUACUGUACAUUAUGACAUGUGACAAUAAAUAAAGCGAUGCAUUGCGUAGACGUACAUCAUCUGCAGGCGACUAAUAACUUUGUGCACUUAGUAUUACGAUUAAAUACCGGUUUCUAGUGAGAGUUAUAGUUGACUAAAAAUGUGUACGCCUCCGGCUACAUAUUUGACGUUAUAUAAUUGUAAUAGUGUUCUGACCAUCGCUUGAAGCGCUUUCCUACUAAAUAUAAUGUGUUGUUAAAUAUCAAUGUGGAUAAACAUGUGCAAAGGACUGUCGAGACUGUGGUGGAUUCUCUUUUUCUACUUGUUCAUGCGAUCUAAUCAUUAACGUGUUACAAAUUUUAUAUCAGUUUUACGUCCCACGCUCACAGUCCAAUAUUCACAUCUAUGUAAAUAUCUACUCCCUUUCGUUAGAAAACUUGUCAAAGCUGAAAAUAGUAAAAUAAUUAACGCACAAUAUUGAGUAUAAUUAUAAGCAUAAAAUGGUUUUUGUCCUGUUACUGUACUGGUGCUAAUAAAUUUAGGCGAUGUGCCAAAAAGAUUGUGCUAUUGUAUCGUUAGGUAUUCCCCAUAAUAUGUACUAGUAUUUACAAAAAUAUUUGUCGAAAUUAGAGAUGCCUUAUAUUACGAGCAUGUACUCAUAGAAGGGUUGAAUCGUAUUCAUAAUCUUCGACUCGGCUCGAACUACAAAGCCAUAUUACAUUGAUAAAUUAGUUUGAAUUGCGCAAUUAAGCCGAGAAUAUUUGUUCGGUUUCGGCUGCACCAAAAUGCCGAGCCGAAUGUAUGUGAAGCGACCCUAAGUUUCAUUAGUAACAUGCUAUAUACGAAAUAUUGGUCUGUAAUUAUACGUUAAAACUGAAAUUUGUCAUUAUAAUAUACGAUAAUAGCUGUUAAGUGCCUUGUUGUGUUAAUAAAUACUCAGAUCAAAUGUUGCAAUUACGAAAGUUGAGCUGAAAUAAAUGUCUAUUUUACUAUUUUCA